AUGGAUUUAAGAAGCGUAGUUGGUGUCAAAAAGCGAUUACCUAUCAAGUUUUCAUAUUGUGGAAACGAAGUUUUGCAAAAAAUAUGCCACGAAAAAUUAGCUAAUUUCUUCGAUAAAAAUGUCGUUCUAUGGAAAAGGAGCCCACGGCAAUAUUUUUUCUCGUAUCAUGCGCAUUUCUUCUUCGAAUUCGUUCCUUUUUCAAAUGAUACUGUAAUUAAUUAUAAAUCGGUUAAGCCAAAAACAUGGGAGGAAGCAUCACUAUUGCAUUUCUUUUUCUUAAAUCCAUCUACAGUAGCGGAAUAUCGAAAUGAAUAUAGAAAUGAGAUAAGCGAAUGGUUUGCAACAUUAAAUAAAAUCGAGGGUGCUGAAUGGUUGAUUGUUUUCGAUAGUUUAAAAGCACGCGAACAGAAGAACCGUGGUGCUCUUAUUGAACGGAUCAAAAGUGAUUUUGCGAAAUUUACAAAUAGGAUUGUUGAAAUUUAUGAUCUGUCAAAUAUAGCCGCAUUGCAGACUAACAUACAGUCACAUCUGCUAAAUUCUCUGGAGCGUUAUGUAACACAUGAGGAAAAUAGUUUAGCCGAUCGAAAUGAUCAGUAUUCCGACUCUAAUUUUGAUUUCAUUACGUUUUGCCGAGAUCAAAUGAGUCUAUCUCGUCUUUAUCAAAGUUUGGGCAUGUAUGAGCAGGUACUUGCAUUGUUUGAUGAACUUGAUGCUACGUUGUCAUUAAUUGUUCUCUAUCAUUCUUCAGAAGGGCCUGCGCCAAAGUGGUUAACAUCAUCAACAUGUUUCACUUCAAUAUCAUCCGGAUGUCCACUUUUCGUUGCAAUGUUGAAGUGUGAUACACCGUGGGAUAAUAUUACGAUUGUUGAACUACGUUACAUCAUUUUGGCGCACCAAAUAUUGACGUGGAAAUACAAUAAUGACGACCCUAUUUCUAAGGCUGUCAAGAGAAGUAUCAAACAUUAUUUGUCACAGUUUGUAAUAAUAGCUCAACGUUUUUAUUUAGCUUUAAAUCAGAAUUCAAUACAAAUAUAUGAGGAACGUUUGCAACGCGUUUCCACAAUUGAUGAUAAUAGUUCACAGAACUUGAAAACUGAAUUUGCUAUUACAUUAUUGCGUUAUUCGCUGCAUUGCUUAAAUGCAAUAUUCGAAAGUAUGGUAGCUUUCAAGAUACCACUAGAUUGCGAUGAGAUGCAAUGUUGGAUAGUUUCAUUUUGCUUGGAAAUAAUGCAGCUGACAUCAUUGCUGACUGAAAUAACACACAUUGAGCAGGCAGCUCAUUUAACCUGUUCCCUCAAAUUGGCUAACUGUCAAGCUAUGUCAAAACUGAAUGAAAGAUGGAAUUUGGUUGAUCGGAAAAAGAUAGCGAAAUGGUUUGAAGAUGGAAUUUCACGGUGUGGUGUAGAAGCGAUUAGAACGAAUGCUGUCAAUGAAAUAAGACAACUUCUUUCCGAUAAGCAACAGUUCACACAUUACAUGCAGAAAUAUCAUGAAAGUUCCAUAGCCCUCCUAAAACACUUUGGAUGGAGGCGUGAAGCACGUGCCGUUGGCUGGGAGUUGGCAAAAUUUUUGCUAUCAUCAGAUCGUGCAGAGGGAGCACUUCCGUAUUUAUUGAAUUUUAUUUCCGAUUUAAUUGCAGACGGUUCAACAGUAUUGUUGCUUAGAGAUACACUGCUUUUCACUGUAAAUCAUUUGGAAAAAUUUCCAGGCAUCCAUUUUAAGGAGCUUGUAGAUUUUUAUUCGAUAUUGAUGAAAUUGGCGAAGACGGAAAAAGAGCAGGUCAAAUAUUGUGAUAAAGUAUUGGAGUUGUGUGAAAGGCCGAAUAUAACGAAAAUAAGAUUAGACUCAACUUGUAAGCAAUAUAAGAUCUUUUCUUUCGGUUUCAAUUCUACGUUUCCUUUCUUAGUGGCAAUACCGAAUGAAACAGUGGAAAUUGAUGCUAAGGUUACCAGCAGUCUUCCGAAAUCGUUAAAAAACUUCAAAUUGCACUGCUAUAUGAAACUUUUUGUUCAAAAUGAAUCACAAAAGCGAAUUGCUGGGCGACGACCACACUUUGAAUGUAUGCGCAAUGAAGCUGAUGGUAUUAGUCGCUUUGCAUGUCUUUGGAAAGGUGAUACUGAGAUGAGAAAAGGAUCCCUUCCAGGACGUGAUAUCGAUUCGACUAAUGAAUCAGAGAGCUGCUUGAUUUUCCGAAGUUCUACCACAAAUGAACUCAAGCCCGGUGAAAAUAUUCUGACAUUGACUGCCAAGGCAUCAGAAGGCACUGGAACAUAUGUCUUUGAUUACUUCGAGCUGGAGAUUGGUCGUUCAGUGAUAGUGCGUUGUGACUGGUUAGAUGUGCAAGAAAUCGAACAGGAUUUAGCUCGGCUGCCAACAUGUUUCGUCCAUCAUAAACCGGUUUCUGUGAAAUUGAAGCCACUACCAGAUGGUACACUGAUAGCCGGUGUGGCACAAUAUGUCGAAUUAGAGAUUUUCUAUGGAGGAUCGAUAAAUGAUGAAAACUCAGUGCUGCAGUUGACUUGUCCUACUGGGAGCGAUUUAGAAUUUUGGGAUAUAUCCAGAUCGAAAUGGUCUGAAAUCUGUAAUUAUUCGUUGGAUCGUGUACCUUCUGGAAAUAAUAAAACUAUCACUGUUCAUUUAUGUAAAAUUCUUCGCAAUCUUUCAAGCAAUGAAAAAAAUGCAAAAGAUCGAUUGUUGACCUGUGCUGCACAGAUUUUGGUAAAAUGGAUGGAUAAAGAAUGGAACUUUACGAUUAAUUUUGUACCUUUUAUGAAUAUUGAUAGCGAUACUUCUUUAUUGGAAGAAAGAGUUCUUUUCGAACUAGUAAUGUUGCGAAACAUUGAUGAGUGGUUGAUUAUGCCUCAAGAAGCUAUAUUAAGCAGGAAAGUUGACAAGUCACCUGAAAUGCCGGCGAAAUUGCUAAAUCCCAAACUCACGUACAUACAACCAGGAUGUAAAUACCGUUUAGUCUGGAUUCUACCAUCAAAUAAAGGAAAAACAGAUGAAGUUGAGCAUUAUGAACUACGGUUUAUAUAUCGAGUGAAAUCAUUAAGCGGAUAUACUAAUGAGGAAGAAUUAAUUUAUGACCGCGAAUAUACACUAUCUGAUGAAUUCUCUGUACAAUGCAAGACACCAGAUUAUGAACUUUGUGCACAACUGCUUUCAUCACAACCAGGUGCAGUUCUUUGUCGUGUUGAAGAUGCAUGUGAUAUGAUAGUUUCAUUGCGAAGUUUAACAAAUCGCGUUGAAAGAGUAGUUGUCAGUAUUGAUGCUGAUCCGUACUUUUGGACUAUCAGUGAAAAGCAUAAAUUAUUACAUGUAAAAGAGAGCGGUCUAGGACAAGUUUCGUUUACGGUUUUUCCAAAAAUGAUUGGGUUCUUGCCGUAUCCGCUUAUAUCUGUAUAUGCUUAUCGACAUAAACGAUCGAACUCGGAUGUUUCUCGGUCAUCUGAAAAUAUUUAUGAUUUGGGGCCACGAUUGUCUAGCUUUGUACGAACAAAUGGAAAGCAAGUGCAUGUACUUGGUGCCUUUGCUACAUCAACUGAUUCGAAGAGUACUGUUACCAUGAAAGCCAGCCGUCUGAAGGAAGCAAAAAAUCGAAUAACGAAGCUUUUCGAUUAG